AUGGACCCACCUCCGCCUCCGCCUCAUAACAAAUCGUCAACCUUGAAUAGGAAUCCAGCAAAAGCAGUCGAUGUGAACAGACUGAGAUCUGAUAUUGAAAUUGUAAUUCCAUUUUCCUAUUAUUUUUCCGAAUGGAUUUCUUAUUCUUGCAGUUAUCACAACAAUUAGAGAUCGUGAAGGCGAGACUUGAAUCUGCUCUCGCUGAGCAAGAAGAUGAGCCGGCUCCCCAUUCUUCGAAGAAAGUGUUAUCAAGGUUAUUUAUAAAAUAUGUUUUCUAUGAUCAUAACUGCAAUUUUAGGGAUAAUUCGCUAGAUUCUCGCUUGUCUACUUCACUUUUCUCUACGGGAUCUCGAGAUUCGUGUGGUAUCACUCCAACGCCACAGCCUGAGCAUCCAAUAAGUGAGAUAGCACUUUGAUCCACUAAAAUGUGUUUUUUUAAGUUCCGUAUCGAGAUAACGCGAAUCUGACGCAAAUGAAGAAGCCAAUGUCAAUGUCUGCUUCGCAUUUAGUCCACGUUGGAACAGAAGAAGAUAAAAAGAAAAGGUGUGACACUAAAAAAGUUUAAUUAAAUUACCAAUUUCUCUCAGAUUGUCAAUGUCAAUUCCUUCCACUUCAGUCAAUUUUAUAACAUCGUUGAAAAGACGAGAAACAUUCAGUAAAGUGGAUGAAAUCACCAAAGAACUGCAGGCGAGGAUGGGAAAGGUUAAACGAACAGGUAUUCAUGGUGCCCACCAGAACUGUUCAAGUUCGAUCUUCAGAAAGUUUGUCGAUUGGACUGGCUCGGCAGCAAGGUCCACCCGCUCCCCCACCCAAACCGUUACGGACCUUCCAAGAACGUCUGAACAGCAGUAAACCUGUAGAUCAACUACAAACAACAACUUUAGGAAGAUACAAUUCAAACUACAAGUUGAAAUGUUCGUUUUAUUUGUUUCUUGGCAAAGGAAUUUCACCUUACAGCUUCUUCAUCGUCUUUUAUGUCUUCGUCAGUCGCCUUUCUGUCCAUGUGCAAUCACCGAGAGUUUGUGGAUGCCAUUAACAAACGGUUCACGCAGGGUCAAUGUUGGGUCAGUUAACAUCGAUUUUUUCGGAACCGCAUAAUUUUUUGUAAUUCAGUUCUCCCGUGGUGGCCAACUAUUCUUUGUGAAUCCAUUCAAUACGGUUUCUUCUCCAAGAUGCAACUUCUAUUCAGUAAUUCCAACCAUCACUUCGUCUCUUUUUGAAGCGAAGAACUCAACGCUUUUCUUGCGGUCUUACAUUUGCAGAGAAAUCAUUUUGAAAAUCUUUAUUGCAGGGGAGUUUCGGGAUCAGGAAAGUCUCACAUAGCAGAGCUAGUCUGUAUGGAUAUUGUGAACAGACUCGAUAGUCAGGGGCAAAUGAGUGAACUGUUCAAGACGGCUCUCACCAUCCUUCGACCGUUCCUCACUGCCAAUAACCCAUACAACAACCAAUGCUCGAAAGCAGCUCUUCAUUAUGUAUUCCAAACACGAGAGAACCGUCUCCAUCGAAUAUCGCUCAAACAUUUUCCGAUCGAAUCAAUGAGUCGAGGGUGCCGAGCCAAUAUUUUCGCCGUGGUUGCCAAUGAUUUGUGCGAGGCCGACAAAGAUAAAUAUAAAAUUGCCGGUUUCCGUUUACGGGAGAACUGUUACAACUACGGAAGUUUCGAGGAAAUCAAGGCCGCGUUAGGCAUUAUUGGAAUUGAUGUAGCUGAUGUUCUUAAAGUGGGAGGUUAUUCAGACGCUGUAAAAAAAGAGUUUCAGAUUAUUUCUGUUUGCAUUCUUCUGAACAACAUUAACUUUAAGCUGGAAAGCUCUGCUGCGGAGGUUGAUAACAUUGCUGGUAAAUUCUUUUUUUUUCUCACAAAUAUACUUCCGUUUUUUGAACUAUUUGCAGACUUGGAAGAUGCAAGUUGUUUGCUUGGUGUUUCUGCACUUGCAAUGUAUCGAUUCAUGGUUUCGGAAGCUCAAAUCGACGUUCUAUACUGCUCACAAACACAACAUAUUUUUGUUUUUCCAGAGUCGAUUGAUCAGAGAUAACUUAGUGACAGCUUUAUACUCCCGGACGGUCAAAUUCAUAAUUGAGAAGCUCAACCUUUUACUUGACGUUUUUCCUGAUCCGUAUGAUCGUGGAAGUGUGGUCACUGAUUCUGGAGUCAGUGUCGGGACGAUAACCGAGAAUAACCACAUCAUCCACAUCAUUGACAUCCCUGGAUACGUUCGGUCAACACAGAAUUCUUUGAAUGAACUAAUCGUGAACGCAACUAAUGAUAUUGUGCAAUGCACAGAUUCUGAUAUGGUUCAUGAACUGCUAAAAGGUGUUGAGGCCGCUACAGGAAAUAAUGAGAGUUGGGUGGAUAAGUAUGUUUGAAAAAGGUGUUUUCUUCAUGAAUUACAAAUUCGACAGAGCUCCAAAAAUGAUGAAGCACUGCUCUGAAUCAUUCGAACUGCAUUAUGACUUGAGAUUGAUGAUUGAAAGAAACAGCAAUUUCGUGUCGAGGGAGUUGGCAAGUGUCUUAUGAAACUGACGUCCAUUUGAAACCUUAAUUUCAUUCCAGGUUAAUCUGUUCGACUACCGCUCAUGCUCAUUUCCAUUUGCUGUCAACCUUUUCGCACAGGAUGUCGAGAGCAUGAUCAUCGACGAUAACUACUUCCCCAGCUCUAUAAAUUGGCCAAAUGAUGGAAAGACUGUUAUUCAGAACGUUAUGGAAUCAGUCAAGAAGUUGAAGAAAGAGAUUUCAGAGACAAGCUCACAACAGAUUAUAUGCUUGAAAGUGCGUUUUUUGUUAUUGCUAUUGAAGCGGUUUUUUAUUUUAUUUUUCUGAUCCACUCAGCUUUCAGUCAAAUGACUCUUUGGAGUAUGCAAGAGUUCACGAAAACGGAUUGGGGUACCAGUUGAACCUGUAUAGGAGUGUCGUAGCCAGUUCUUCUAUUUCUUCAACCAGGUACCAUUCACAAUAAUGGUUACUAAAACGGUAAUCACAGCUUAAGAGUGAGCUCUUCGUGCGAUCGUGCACCGAACAAUUCUACUGGCGGCGCACCCAAAGCUCCACUUCCUCGACAAUACGCAAUUCGAGAAGGUCGAAAGCACUAUUUCCCCCAGAGAAGAAUUAUAGUCAUCGACUUCCAAGGUACUUGUGUUAAGAUGCACGGCUCAAGCGGAAGUGCUUCGUUUUUGCGACAUGUUUCAUUAAAAACAAAUGAGACUGAAGAGCAAUUGCUAUUCCGUCGACAUAAAAUGAGUAGCCAAGUCAAUUGGAAAUUGACGGACGUCAUAAUUUAAGCUUUCCGGUCGUAUUAUUUUGUGUGUGUUUUUUCAGAUCCGUCGAGUGGUGUAAUGCUUCGGGCGGGCGAGAUAGUGAAGGCGAUCGGAUUCUCUGGAGAGUGCUAUCUGGUGGAAAACGGACGACGCGCAAGAGCAGCCAUUCCGAUGUCGUUUACUGAGAAAAGUGUAGUUGUCGCACAUAAUAUGAAUAAUUAAAUGCCCGCGAAAAAAUUCUUGUUGAAAUGCAAAGAAAGUUGUCGUGUAUCCUUCUAAUGAAAUGUAUUCUGGCGAAGAAGGGAAGGAAAACUGGAUCAUAUUCUGAGUUCAGCACAAGCAACUCAUUACUCGUUUGAUGGUUUUUUCUCUUUCUUGGUCUAAUUGCGCUGCAGAAAAAAGUCUUAUUUUUCGGCUGAAAGAGUCAUAUUUUCCCCCGUAGGACUCACACAGAUCGUCUCAUUUUCUCUCGUCGUUUUGCGUUGCCUCUUUCAUUUUGAGUUUGGAGAGGAGGUAUAAUCUUUAAAUAUUUAUGUUUUUGCGUUUGGUUUUUAUUUGGAUAUUUUAAACUUUGUUUCACUUUCUGAAAUCUAAAAUCUCACAUUUCCGUUUUGAGUAAUUUUGACUUUUGAGCAUUCCAUUCUUUCAGUAUCGUUUAGCACUUCUUCGCGUUUCCGUUUCUCAAAAAUCACUCGACCAGUCAAACGCGAGACGACAUCCGAAACUGAGCAAUGUACGCGGAAAAAGACUGCGAAUGCAUGACUUUCCCCCGCUUAUUCUGUAUUCUGAUCGUUUUCUCAUGAUCGAUGAUUGCGCUUCUCUCCACCAUACAUAUACUCUGACCUUUCAUUGGCCUCUUCCGGAAUGCGCGAUGAGACGCUUCGUGUUUUGCGUUUCUUUCACACGUUAUUGCUCCUCCGUGUCUUUUUCUCCUCCACAUCCGUCGUUCCAAAUUCAAUUUCGUGUAGGUGGGUGGGACAAGUAAAGAAAACAGAUUUUCAAGAAGUUCUUGGGGGUUUCUCAACACGGAGAGGUUUUCCACUUCUACGCUCUCAAUUAGAAAGCAGAAUUCGGUUCAAACAACUUCCUUCCCUACCAACACCCCGCUUAAACAUACACCAGUUCAAAAUCGUGUGCCUAUGAUGUCGUAAAAUCCUUAAUCUUGUGCUUCUUGACUUCAAGUUUUAUGGUGAUAUGAUGUUUGUUUUACCCUUUUUUCCAAAACGUCAUUUCGCUCUGAAGGACAUCCCUGUUUCUUCUUUUAAACUCAAACAAGUUAUGUGAAAUGGAGAAGAAACGUCUCAAGUAUGAAAAAUCAAGUGCUACUGCGAAUUUGAUGUGGUUCCGAAUAAAGAACUGAAAAACUUGUCGUUUGCAAACUUUGAAACGCAAAAAUGUUCUGUGUGAACCAGUGUGUUAUGCCUAAUUGUGAGCAGACCAAAAGACAAUAACAAGUGCUCACUCACCCGGAACUCUUUCGAAUUGAGAAAAAGAAGACAAUCAAGAGUUCCGAAUGAUUCCGAAAUUCCAAAAUAUUCCUACUCUACCGCGAGCCGAGAAAACUUGUCGACGAUCUGUCUCCUUUCGGCUCUCUAUUGGAUUGUGAUAUGUCAAUUCGUUAUUGCGGUGUAAUUUAACAUUCAAUGGUUGACAUAUCCUUUCAUAACCAUCCGAGCCAAUCCAUCAUUGCGUUUCGAAUUUGGUAAGCACCAUUUCUCUCCGAUAUUGCUGACGCUAGUGAUCACUUUCAUGGAGAAGUGCAAUAUUUUUGAACAUUAUAGCUUUCUCUCUCUCUCUUUCUCUCUCUUCCGCCCUCUCUUCAUACAGCUUCCACCUCAAUCCAAAUCGCCGGAUAUUUACAACACCACUUCAUUCCCGGAAUCUUGUGUUUUUCAAAAAAAAAAGUGAAGUGUAUUUAAAAUAUGGUUCAAUAGAAAUCCCUUCGGUUCGUCUCAUUUUGACUUUCUUUGUCUUUUUCUUUCUCGAAGAUCCCAUUCUCUUUCAUCCCAUGUUUCAUGGAAACGGCAGUCGAGAAAUAGCCAAGUUAUUGUCUCAUUUUCGAAAUUUUGCCAUGACAAACAAUGAAAAGACAAAAAGGAAGAAAAAGAGAGAAAGAGAGAGGGAAAUGAGAGGAUUAGUAAUAAGCCAGUAGUGUUAAGAUUUUCGAUUGAAAAUUUUGUUCUGUUAUGGCUCAAAAAUGAAUUAUUUAUAUUUCGACUUGGAUCAAGUCACCACACCAGAUAUUUAGCAUCUGCCAAGGAGAGGACUUUACGGUCGACUCUCCAAUUUGUUCAUGAAAUGUUUUAAAAUUCCUGGCUAUCCUCCAAUUCUUGGUUGUUUUGCACAAUGUACAUAGACUGGCUUCUGUGCGGUAUUUUCGCCAAUUCAAAUCUACAAUUAAACCUCAAUCACCAUUUAUCAUAGUGAAUAAUAUAACUUUUCCGGCUCAACAUUUCUAAUUGGGGCUGUAAUGUCCUCAAGUUAGAGCGAUUCAUAAUGCGACACGAGACGCUUGAAAUAUUCAGAACUACGAAACAUAUUGGUGUCUGAACAUUUAGUCGCGAUUUCCGAUGAAUGAGACUCCGGUACUAAUGAGAUUAGAGUUGAUUCUCAGUCGUGCACUUCAAUUUUAGUUGCUCUUUUUAACGAAGUGCUUUUCAAAUGAGAAUUGCUAAUUCUUUUAUUCCGCCAAUCACCCCAUUCACUCUCUCUCUUUUUCCCUUUUCCUCAUCGAGUUCUCUUCUCAGUGACGCAUGUCUUGAAAUCAAAGAAGAAGCCCUACAGUUUCCAUUUAAUCCCACAUCUGUUCUUGGAAACUUUAGUCUGGUCAAACGCCAGAAUUUCAUAGCAUCUUUCAUGACAUUAUCAAUGUUUCGGCUCAACCUGCUUCCAGAAAUCUGCAUUACACAUUCGCAGCAACAUGUGCGAACUCGAACUCGAACUCGGAUGGCGUUUUUUGAUGUUAGACCUAUGAGUCAAACGGAAAUAUAGAAUUCCAUUGAGGAGUCAUGCGGAGCCAGACGUUUAACCGGAAGACCGGGAGGUAUCCGUGCUCUCCGUCGGCUCACAAUUCACCCCGUCUCGCCAUUUUGAUACAUGAUCAAUGUUUCUCUGGAAGCUACGUUCUCCGAAAUUUUCCACGUGCGUCAUUUUGUGGUAUUCAACAGACGUGAAAACCAUUAAAUCAUGGCCUGGCUCUGGAAAAAAAGUGGGCGUAUUUGAUAUUUGAUCUCACACUUUUGUUUUGUUUUGGAAACCUUUCAUCCAAUCCCAUGAAUUUCAUCCGGAAACACUUCAACCGACCACGACCUUUUUGAAACUCAAUUUCCUGCCUGAAAUUGGAUUUCCCAUACGUAUGAAGUAGAUGAACUGUUGCGAGACUAAUAAAUUCCUCUUCCUGCUUCGCCAAACUCAUUCAUCUCAUUCGGACCUCGAGUUUUUUCAUUAAAGUGAACAUGUCAACCAUUUUCGGCACAAAUUCAUUCGCAUCACUCGUGUUUUUGCUCCCUUUCAACUUAUUCCCAUCACUUUCUUCCGUUUCACCCACAACCUCGCUCACUUUAGUUUCUGUGCCCUGCUCAUCCAUGCUCGUCACGUUGUUUCACUAAAAGUUACGUUGCUGGCUGGCAAUGACGAACAUACCCAAAAUUUUGCUAAUUCAGCCACUUAUUCUUCCCUAUUCGCUGGAUAUCUGUUGCCGACUAAAGAUUUGUUUCUGUGGGAGGCAACGGGCAAAAAAAAACGAAGAAAAAUGCGUGGUCCGAAAGGCAAAUUUUGAGUUACAGGUGUCGUUUUUUGAAGCUCGAGAGAAAAACAACUUUUGACUCGUAUUCUAUGUGUCGGAUUCUUUGACAAGCUUUUUUUCCAGUCACACAAUAUCCAAAUGAACCUCCUGAACUUUUCUUCUUCCUGCAUAACUUUGAUCAAUGCCUUAAGGCAGGCACAUUCUCCGUCCUGUUCAACUUCCUUCCACUUUCCAUGCCCUUGUUUUCAUUCAGCCCACUCAGAUUAACUCUUCAACUUUUGGUUUUUGAAGGGUGCUUCCUUUUCUUUUCAUUUCUUCUCUCUUUUUUUCUGACACUCUGAAGUUGUUCUUUGUUCCAGCUAAGCUGAAAUUGACUUAAUUUCUAAUCGCCACGAUAUAUCCGCUUUCGAGACUUCAUCCAAAAUCCUUAUUCCUAUAUCCCUCUCUCAUAGUCUUUUCAACUACUCAUUACAUGUCAAAUUUUUUUCAGAUAUUUGUAGGCCAGAUGGAAGAUGAAAACUUCACCGAGUGUCACGUUUACUGGAAGGUCUAUCCGGACCCGUCGCAGAGCAUCUAUGCAAUCAUCCCGUUCCUCUGCGUGUACCUCUUUCUCUUCUUUCUUGGACUCUUCGGCAAUGUCACACUGAUCUAUGUAACAUGCAGCAAUAAAGCAUUGCUGGUAAGAUGAUUGAGUCAAAAUUUGAACCCAACAAAGACGGAGUUCUGCCCAUCAAUUGAAUUAGGCCGUCUCUCAGUGAGAACGGACGUGUCCAGCUAACGAGAGAAGAAAAACGUGGAAGGAGUGUCUUAUGACGUACGUGAAACGCAACCAACUUUCGUUAAAUGGUCGUUUCCGGAACUGGUGGACGUCAGGGGCUUGUCGGGUUCAAGUUCAUGGAAAAAAGUUGAAAAGUUUCAAACUUUAAAUGCGUGACAUUUUAGAGUGUACAAAACAUUUUCAUCCUCAAUUUGGCGGCGAGUGAUUGCAUGAUGUGCAUAUUAUCCCUCCCGAUCACUCCAAUCACCAAUGUGUACAAGAACUGGUAUUUUGGCAAUCUUCUAUGCCAUCUCAUUCCGUGCAUUCAAGGUAUUGAGUGAUCAAAUCCACAUUUACACUUGACAAUAACUUUCAGGAAUCAGUAUAUUUGUCUGUACGUUCAGUCUGGGAGCAAUCGCUCUGGACAGAUACAUAUUGGUUGUCAGACCGCACAGCACUCCGUUGUCCCAACGGGGCGCAUUUCUGACAACAGUUCUCCUCUGGAUCCUCUCUUUUGUUGUUACACUCCCGUACGCAUUCAACAUGCAAAUGAUGGAGUACACCGUAAGUCACUCAAAAAAGAUAGCCCCCUGCAAAGAGUAUAUUUUUAGGAGGAAAACAUUUGCGGAUAUUUUUGCACUGAAAAGUGGGAGUCCGCAAAGUCAAGAAGAGCUUAUACAAUGAUUGUGAUGCUCGCUCAGUUCGUUCUCCCAUUCGCGGUUAUGGCUUUCUGCUAUGCGAACAUUUUCUCGGUUCUGAGCAAAAGAGCACAAACCAAGAUCCGUAAGAUGGUUGAGAGAACGAGCGCAUUGGAAAGUUCAUGUGCAUUCCCAGCGCAUGGCCUUGAGCAGUACGAGAAUGAGGUCAGAAUAAAGAAGGUUUUGUAUUAAUUACUCGUUUCUAUUACAGCUGAACGAGUUUCUUGACAAGCAGGAGAAGGAAAAACAAAAAGUGGUUUUUCAAAACAGAAGGUCAGUUUGGUUUCAGUUCCAUUUUGUUCUUAUUCAUUCCCGUCCCAGAACCACAUCUAUUCUUGUCACCAUGGUUGUCUGGUUCGGAAUCACAUGGUUGCCCCACAACGUCAUUUCUCUCAUCAUUGAGUACGACGACUCCCAGCAAUUCUUCCGGUUGUAUGGCAGAGAUGACUACGAUAUCAGUUACCUCCUCAAUCUUUUCACCCACAGGUUUCAGUUCCCUCUUGAUUAUUCCUCCAAUCAUUGUGCUUUGCAGUAUUGCAAUGUCUAACAACGUCGUUAACCCGGUGCUCUACGCGUGGCUCAACCCCACUUUCCGCCAGCUGGUUAUAAAAACAUACUUUGGCGAUCGCCGCAAGAGCGACAGGUUUGUGGGCGAUGCAGACGAGUAAAAUAUUGUUCUCUUUCCGCAUUUUCCAGAAUCAUUAAUCAGGCCUCGGUGUACAAAUCGAAAAUUGUGCACGCGAAUGAGACAAACAGUCGACGGGUCAGAAAUGGUGCUAGUUGUCGGGAAACAAUCUUGGAUAAGGACCGAUGCUGUUCAGAGAAUACGAGCUAUCGUGCUCAAGUGCAGUCUUCGAGAUGCCAAACACCUGAUGUUCAACUAAACGAAGUUUCAAGCCCGGAAUCUAGGUUGGCUCCGUUUCUGAAAGAUAUUUUCCAAAAAUUGAUAUUUUCAGUAAGACUGCUGGAGACAUGGACGAGCUCAUCGAAUUCAGUGUGAACGACACGUUGGUGUGA